AUGGAGAAAUAUAUUAUUUCACUUAACUUUUUUUUCGUAUUAUUUUCUUCUUUUCUGUAUGACACUGUUAAAAAAUUUCCGUUAUGCAAAAAAAAGAUAGAAGAAAAAGAAAUAAAAGAUCCUAGAUUGGGAGGUACUUGGAGGAAUGAAUGUAAAAAAUCUGGUUAUAAUAGUUAUUUAAAGGAAUUAUAUACUGAUGAUAUUAUAUUGGAAAAUAAAUGUAUCCAAGCUAUGGAAUAUUUGUCUGAAAUUAAUAAUGAUAGAAAUCAAUUUUUAACGGAUGCCGGUUGUGAAUACUUUUACUAUUGGAUUUAUGAUGUCCUUAUUAAAAGGGACGAAGAAAAAAUUAACUAUAUACAAAUGCUAUAUGAUAUAUUUUUUUCUAUAUAUGAAAAUUCCCCCUUUCGAAUAUAUAAAUUAUGUGAUCUGUUUGAGCAUACAUUUAAAAGUGAUGAUUUUAAUAAAGUCAUAGAAGUGUAUGAUAUAUAUAACUCAAUAUAUGAAAACACUAAGCCAGAAAAAAAAGAUGAUGCUUUCAAAGAAGCAGUAAAAAUCGUGGAACGAUAUAAUAAAAAAUUAGAAAGUAAGUCUAGUGAAAUUACAGGAAUUUUGAAAGAAGAAUUCUGUAAAAAUAAUAGCGGAGUUACAAUAAUAAUUACAUUUUUUGUAACAAUCAUGGUAUUCCUUUCUCUAAUUAUAUUGUAUAAAGUAAAUUAUUUUACUAUAUUCGGUUCAUGGUGGCGCAAUAUAAUAAAAAGAAAAAUAAUUCGGUGUAAUAAUACAGAUAAAGAAUGGAAUGCCUAUCAGGGAUCUGAAAUAUACAGCACUAUAUCAAGAGACAUUGGAAAUAAUAUAUUAUACAUUUCUCCCUAA